AUGGUUUCAUAUUUGGGAGUAUGACUAUAUCCUAAAAUCCACCUUUGGCCUCGUCUUCUACAGGAACAGUUCCUGCAGGAGCGCAUCAAGGUCAACGGUAAAGCUGGGAACCUGGGUGGUGGCGUGGUGUCCAUUGAAAGGAGCAAGAGCAAAAUCUCUGUGAAUUCUGAGGUGCCAUUCUCCAAAAGGUAUGUUUGAUUGAAAUCUUGAUUCAGCUUAUGAAUUGCCCUUGUAAUGUGGUGAGCAACAUCACUUGCUAUUUUAUGUUGUGUUGUCUGAUGGUGGGACUUGGUUUGUGUCGGCAGGUAGCUUGGUGGUUAAGAGCGUUGUGCCAGUAACCGAAAGGUCGCUGGUUCUAAUCCCCGAGCCGACUAGGUGAAAAAUCUGUCGAUGUGCCCUUGAGCAAGGCACUUAACCCGAAUUGCUCCUGUAAGUCGCUCUGGAUAAGAGCGUCUGCUAAAUGACUAAAAUGUAAAUGUGUCCACAGUUAUGCAUAUAUUGCAUUUUCACUUGUUCUAUUAGGAAGGUGGAUCUGUCCUUUGAUCAAGGUCUCCAGCAGUGAACAUGAUUUUCAUCAGUCUCAAAGUGACAUUGUCGUUUCCAAGUCACCAUGUACCCUCUUAGACAUUCAUGGACAUUCACGGGCAGUAAAUAAUUGGAAAUUAAUCAUUUGAUUCAAUGCAAUCUCCCCCCCACUCAAUGUUUAUAUUCAGCUUUUCUGUCUCCGGAUAUGCCAUUUAUAUUUUAACUUUGUAGCAUUUUAAAAAAGCUCCUGUAUUUCCCGUGGGAUCAUGGCACUUGCUUUUUCUGAAAUUCAAUGUUUUUAAUCAAAUUUCCUCCUCCAGUGUGGGCCUAGUGCUUAAUUGACUCAUUAUGAACCUUUAUUUGUAAAGAUUUGAUGGUUCGAUUGGAGGGCAUGUUGGGAAUAAUGGGGCAGGGAAAUCGCAACAAAUGGGAAAAUACAAAUACAAAACACAGUUGAAUAUGGCACUUAUUUUGAGCCUAAAAUGAAGAAAAUCGGCACAAAAUUGUAGGGGCAAAUCCCGUCGUAAUUUUGUGGCUUAAGCCCACGUGAACGAAUGUGCUUGCUCUCGAAAUGGAAUGCACAGGAGUCUCCCUGUGUGAUUUCGGCUUUACGGUAUUAUAAUAUAGAUGUUGCAGGGAAGCAAUCCGGGCUCUUUUAAAACAAGCCUUUUUACACCAUUACCCUCCACAUCAAUCCCUGGAUGUAUCCCUGAUCCUUUUCUUCUGAUAUGGAUAGGUUCAGUAUUUUGAACAGAUUCAGUUUGUUGAUCUGCUUGGUGCUCAAGUUUACACAGUUGACUUCAGACGUGAAUGCCAUUUGUGACUAGCAUUAGUGUAUGGGGAUGUGGUACGUCUAGGCUUUAUGUAAUGGGGGUCAGGGUUUAAAUUAUACAUCGACUCUUGUAGAUGCCCUAAGUGUCUUGGGGGUGCCGACGUCUAUCUUUGACAGUUGUCGGGGGGGUCUCUCACAGAAAAUUUUAAUUCUUAGGCGGAAUCCCUGAUUUGUUAUGGAGGUGCCAAGACCUGCUGUAAAUGUUUACCCUGAUGAGGGUGCAAUUGUUAGUUUUUUUUUCCGUUGCAGAUAAAGGGUUAAAUAUGGAGCUGAUGAUUCGAUGUUCUGCAUGUCAUAAUGUCUGUUAUUCUAUCUGAACGUUCUGCAAUGUUGCACCCUCCAGAAUAAACCCAAGGCCUAGCCUGAUAAGUUCUCAAAAUGUAAAUGUAACAAAUUUACAGUACAUCUUUGUCACAGUGUAAUUUUCAAUGGGGUUUAAAUUGAUGACACUGCCCUUCUAUCUGCCAGGUACUUGAAAUAUCUGACCAAGAAGUACCUGAAGAAGAACAACCUGAGGGACUGGCUGCGUGUGGUGGCCAAUACCAAGGAGAGUUACGAACUGCGCUACUUCCAGAUCAACCAGGAUGAGGAAGAGGAGGAGGAUGAAGAUUAA